AAGAAGGAAAAAACAAAGCAGACGAGCAUUUUGUCAUUCCUUCACGCACUCCUUUCACCGUCAAAAUCACACACCUUAUCCAACCAAUAAAUAUCUUGAGGCCUUAUCCCUUCAAUGUCACCGAGCUAAGCCAAUAAAUAGUAACCCAUUCCAUUCCUCUCAUAUCUUCCAAACAAAUUAAGACCAAAUUCAUAGAUAAAAAAUGCAGACAGCUUUGAAGUUUGCACCGCCAUCCUUCCCGCCCCUACUGACACCCUCCAAAACCUCGGCGGCAACACCGUUGACAACGAGGAGGAGGUCCAUUUCUAUGUCACGAUAUGGUCCCCAGAUCAAAGCAGAUGCAGUUGUUGCAUCUGACAACAACCCAACCGCUGAUUACAGCUCCCCCACCUCUGUUUUUCCAGCAGAAGCUUGUGAGACAAUUGGAGGAGAAGCUUGUGAUGCAGAAAUGUAUCCUGAAGUAAAGCUCAAACCAGAGUCCAAGACCAACUCUCCCACCAAGACUUCUUCUGAGAAGGUUGAUAGGGAGUAUCUCGAGUACGACAAUCCCAAGACGGUGUUCCCAGGAGAGGCUUGUGACGAUCUUGGUGGAGAAUUCUGUGAGCCUGAGUAUCAGAGUGGAGUUUACUAGACGACAAUCUUGAACAGAGAAAUUCUCAGAUUUAGUGAUCUUGGUGUCUCCCUCAUCUCCGCCCGCUCCUGUUCCAUCAUGUAAUUUUAUACCGAGAAGAGAAUCAACGGGCGGUGUAUGUAUGUAGAAGGGUGGUCGAAUGUAACCAUAUUGAAAACCAUCAUGAACUAACUAAUGUAUUAUUUUUAUUGGAAAUUGAUAUAUAUAUAUAUAUAUAUAUAUAU